UAUACUUUCUUUUCUUUCUCCUCCUUCUGCACCUAAUGGCGACUUCGAGAGGUACAGUGGUUUGAUCUUAUCUAUGAAAGCUCACAUCUAGCUUCCCCAUUUCUGAUUUCUUCCCAUCGAUUGUAAAUUUCCUCGCAAAGGCUUCGUCCGACCAUCAUCAUCAUGUCACUUCUAAACCAACUCUUUAGCAGAGGCGUUUUUGGCACAAGAUGUAGAACAUGCUUGAACUUGGCGAUAUCUCGCAUUAAGCUGUUGCAAAACAAGAGAGACGUGCAACUAAAACAGAUGCGCAAGGAGAUAGCCCAAUUUUUGCAGGCUGGCCAAGAGGCAAUUGCUCGAAUUCGGGUGGAACAUAUUAUAAGGGAGCAAAAUAUGGGGGCUGCGUAUAAUAUAUUGGAGUUGUUCUGUGAAUUUGUUCUAGCACGCGUUCCAAUAAUUGAGAACCAGAAGGAGUGCCCUCAAGAAUUGCGAGAAGCCAUUGCAAGCAUUAUUUUUGCUGCUCCCAGAUGUUCUGACGUGCCAGAUUUGUUGCAUAUCAAAAACCUGUUUACCACAAAAUAUGGAAAGGAAUUUGUAUCUGCAGCAUCUGAACUUCGUCCUGAUUCAGGUGUGAACCGCAUGAUAAUUGAAAAGCUUUCAGUUCAUGGCCCAUCUGGCGAAGCAAAGCUCAAGGCGUUGAGGGAAAUUGCAGAAGAAUACAAUAUAAGAUGGGAUUAUUCAAAAACUGAAGCAGAGUUUAGUAAAAAUCAUGAAGAUCUCCUGGCUGGAGCAAAGCAAGUUAGUGGUAGUGCUAUGCCUUCUCAGAAUCUCAGCAAAUCGAGUUCUUUCACUUUGGCACCUUCUAAAGAAAAUUCUCAAAUGUCUGUGCAUAACAAGCAAGCCUAUGAACACCUUGAAGCUCCCAGCCCUUUUAACAACAAACCUCAUUUGAAUACUCAAGAAAUUGAACCAUCGCCUAAAAAUGGUGAUCUUCACUCUGACGAUGCCAAGAGAGAGACAAGAUCUCAAUCUAUUGAUGUGCUAGAGAAGGCUCGAGUCGCCAUUGCUGCUGCAGAGCGAGCUUCAGCUACUGCCCGUGCAGCUGCAGCGCUGGUACACACCAAUAGUUUUGGACCCUCGAAACUGGAAGGGAGAUCUUCUUAAUGUACUUAAAAUGGUAACAGUGAUUAUGAGGAAAAAGGAUUAUGCUGUGAUUUUAGAAAAUACAUUGUGGCAACCAUUAAUGCUUGUGCAUCAUGUAAUAAAAUUGUGUAAUUAGUCCUAUAACUGUAACGUUUUCAGAGAAGAGUUUUACUUUUUGACGAGUUGAUUA